AUGUACAUCACUCUCUACUUUCUCGUCACCCGUCUCCCUGAGUCCCUUCGUGUCGUUAGGGACCAGUUUCUCUCUGUCUGUCCCACCACUCUCCCUGUCGACCUCCUUGAGGAGUCCCUGCUAGCGGCUGAGAAGAGUAUUGUCGCUGUAGGGGCCUCUCGGUCGGUCGGCGCGGCGUCUGCCCCCAGCGGCAGACGCCGCUCUGGCAAGGGCAAGGGGGGCAAGGGAGCGGGUGGAGCUAGAGGGGGCGGUGGAGGAGGCGGUGGGGGUGGCGGGGGGAGUGGGGGUGGCGGUGGGGUGGUGGCGGGAGUGGAGGUACUGGUGGCGGCGGUGGAGGCGGAGGUGGCGGUGGAGGUGGUAGCGGAGGAGGCGGUGGGAGCGGUGGGAGCGACGGUCCUGGUGGGGGAGGUGGAGGUGGAGACGGGGGUGGCGGUGGAGGCGGGGGGUGGCGGUGGAGGCGGGGGUCGGAGUGGCUCGUCCCAGCGGAGCAGCUCUGGGGGUGGUCAGCGCCAGCAGCAGCAGCAGCAGCAGCCGCAGCAGCAGCCACAACAGCAGCAGCGCUCCUCGCACCGUCCCCGCCCCUCAGCAGCUCCGUGA